UGGGUUCCUUCUCUUUCAGCGGGUGCACUAUGCAGGAUAUGAACUCAAGGCGUUUCGGCACUACGUAGUGCCCUUGAUGAGCUGGUGGUGCGCGUUUGGCACGGAGCCGGAGAGGGGCCCGGACGGAGCCGGUCAGCUUUCUCUUUAAAAACUCUCUGACUUUCUCCCAGCACGAGAAGAGCUGGUUUUCUAUGAAGGUCCACUGAUCAAGGAUUUGUUUUCAGCUUGAUUUGGGUACAGAACAGAUCCGUGUUUGUGUUGCGCUGUAAUUUGGGAUGAUUUUACGCGCCGGUGAAAUCACGCCGGAUUAAUUCUGGGUGGAGUGAGGAGUAACUGGUCAUCAUCAUAAUCAUCAUCAUCGACGUGGAAUCGCUCAAAUGUCGAGCCGGGACAUGCUGCCAAAUGGAAAUCCGAAAGAUGAUCAGCCGGAUAGGACAUCAGAAAAGGAAAGCGAGAGUCAAAAGGGUAGUGAAAGCGCAGAGUCCUCGCACUUCCCCAUGCCCAAUCCUCUCCCUCACCCUGCUGCUGGACCUCCUAAACUGGAGAUCAAGCGCAAUGCCGUGACUGAUGACUACAAGAUCUCCACUCAGGUGCUCGGUUUGGGGAUCAACGGCAAAGUGCUGGAGUGUUUUAGCAAGAAAUCCGGGGACAAGUGCGCCCUGAAGAUUCUUUACGACAGCCCAAAAGCGCGCAGAGAGGUCGAGUUGCACUGGCGUGCCUCCAGCGGGCCACACAUAGUGCGUAUCCUGAGCCUCUAUGAAAACAUGCACCAUGGAAAAAAGUGCCUACUCAUUAUCAUGGAAUGUAUGGAAGGAGGAGAGCUCUUCAGUAGGAUUCAGGCCAGAGGAGACCAGGCCUUUACCGAGAGAGAGGGCUCCGAGAUCAUGCGAGAUAUCGGCACUGCCAUCGAGUACCUGCACAACAUGAACAUCGCACACAGAGACAUCAAGCCGGAGAACCUGCUCUACAACAGCAAAGACUCCAACUGCGUCCUCAAACUCACAGACUUUGGCUUUGCCAAAGAAACCACGCUGCACAACCCACUGCAGACGCCGUGCUACACGCCGUAUUACGUCGCUCCUGAGGUUCUUGGUCCUGAGAAAUAUGACAAAUCGUGUGACAUGUGGUCUCUAGGUGUGAUCAUGUACAUCCUGUUGUGCGGCUUCCCACCGUUCUACUCCAACACAGGUCAGGCAAUUUCUCCCGGCAUGAAGCGGCGCAUCCGCAUGGGCCAGUAUGAGUUUCCCAACCCCGAGUGGGCCGAAGUCUCUGAAGAAGCCAAACAGUUGAUUAACCAGCUGCUGAAGACUGACCCUAAUGAGAGGAUGACCAUCUCACAAUUCAUGAACCAUCCCUGGAUCAACCAGUCCAUGGUGGUUCCUCCAACGCCGUUACACACCACACGUGUCCUCACUGAGGACAGAGAGCUGUGGGAUGAAGUGAAGGAGGAGAUGACGAGUGCUCUUGCCACCAUGCGCGUGGACUACGACCAGGUGAAGAUUAAAGACUUGGACACAUCCAACAACCGGCUGCUCAACAAGAGAAGGAAAAAAGCUGCAGCGGAAGGUGGAAAGGGCGGAGCUACCGUCUGCAACAGCCAAUGAAGCACGAAGGAGAGACAGAAAGAAAUGGAUAGAUAGAUUUAUGGAUGAGUGAAGCAUGAAGAGAUGGAGGAGGAAGUGAAAGUGAGGACAGAAUGAGGACACUCCUUCAGUGUAGCCAGCACACCUCUCUCUCUCACUCACUCUCACACACACACACACACACACACACUCUGUGUAUGGUUGUAAAUGCUUAGAUUUGUAUUUUUACAGCUCAUGCGUCACCUUUAUAUUAUUUUUAAUAUAUCUGUCUCUAACUCCUUUAGGGGUGUGUGCGUGUGUGUUCAGUGCAUUGAUAAGGCCAUGAAGGUUUUUUUUUUUAAAUACAGAAGCUUUCCCAAGACACUACACACCAACAAUAGACUGCCAGUGUAAAGGAGUAAAGUUUAUUCUUCCUCCUCACUGCCUCCUCUUCCUCAUCUCAGCAGAAAAGAAGAUUGACUCAAUGAGAACACACAUUUCAAUGGAUACACUCUCCGUGGACUUUUUUUUUUUCCUGUGUGUGUGUGUGUGUUGUACUUCACUGGUGGGCUGCAUCAUCAGUCAUGGCACAGGAUGCUCUGUUUGGAUUUGCCUUGCUCCUUUCCCCCCUUUUUAAUCAGAUGACUAUUUUAAUUUCAUUUUACAUGUUUGUUAAGACAUGGCAACAUUUUGGCGCAAAAAAAAAAGUUUGUGGGGUUUUUUUUGUUUGUUUGUUUGUGACAUUUCAAGUCUUUUAUUAUGAAUUUGCUAAAUAAGAUUUGCCAGAGAGCAGGCACUGUAUUUAAGGCAACCUUGUUUUAAUUAAAAAAAAAGAGAGAAGUACCAAAGACUUUUUUUUUUUAAAUAAAUUCCAAAUUUCUGUCAAGUUAUCAAUUAGCCGAACAUGCCCAUGUCUAAUAUGACUCUCAAAACCACAUCUUUUAUAAUAUCUUGGAAAAUAUAAAACAUUUCUCAGAAUAACUAUCCACAGGGCAGAGUAAUCCUCUGUGUGGAUUACAGUCAUGAAAAAGUACAAAACGCACUGACUUGAGUAAAAGUGGUACUACUCUAGUCAUAAUUACAACAAUAAAAGUCAAAGGAAUGAUCAAGAAAA